CGUGGACACGACCUUGCUCAAUAUCUAGCAAGCUGCAAAAAUCUGGGGAACAUAAAUGUGUGGACUGGUAUUCCCUUUUGCACAGAUUGUCACACAUCUAUCAUCCUCACACAUCCCCCAUCCUCACAAAUCCAUUAUCCUCACUCCAACGACAAGUCGCUGGCAGCGUCAAUUCGACAGCAAACAGUACUACCCAAAAAACUAAAACAGAAAAAGGUUUGGGUAGCCAAGUAAAAAUUCCAGCAACGUUACAACUGUUCCGUUCUACAAACAUGUAUUUAUCCGCCGAUACUAGCGCCCUCCUCCGUCGUAUCACGCGCCUCGAGGAUAUCCAGGAGAUCCAUAACAUCAUGGGCCGUCGAGCAUAUCUGCAUUCUGCCGGGCGUCAUGACCGUGAGAUCGAGGAACUAUGGAGUACUAGAGAUGAUGUCGUAUUUGAAGCCGAAGACAUGGGUGCCUGGGCCAAACUCUCCAGCAUCAAGAAGAGUUAUGUCAACGGCAAUCCCUUUCGUAGUGGGACCAAGGGUUUGAUGAUUGAGCAUACCCUCACUACUCCAGUCAUCGAGAUUGCCGAGGACGGCCAGACGGCGAAGGGUGUGUGGGUUUCUCCUGGUCACGAAACCUUUCCCGUGGCUGAGGGGCCGCUAAAAGCGCAUUGGUCGUGGGGACGAUAUGCUGUUGACUUCCGAAAGGAGGACGGCAAGUGGAAGAUCUGGCACCUCCAUGUUCUUACGACAUUCCGCACUCCCUUCGGACAGGAUUGGGCAAAACAGCCACUAAAAGACCGGAUUAUCUACCGGAGGAGGGCCAACCUCAGGACUCAAUCGGUGUUGCUGACAGAGGAGUGUCUUUCAACGAACCGUAUCAUCCAGAUCGUGCUCCCAAGUACCAACCCAUCCCUCCGGAUGCGUACAGGACCUGGGCAGAUACUUUCAGUGCUACCGACUUUUACGAGCACCCAGCUUGAUGCCUUCAUUCUAUUUAAUUGUUUGCGACGCCAGUGUGAGGUGGAUCAGAAUUAGGAUAUGAGAUUAUACUUAUCAACGGGAGGGGCAUAAGAGCGACAGAAGUGGAGACAGCUAGAUGAUAAGCUUGAAAAAAUGGUACAUGAAUGAUACUGGUUGUUAUUUCAAUGC